AUGAACAACACCUCACAGCACCAAGAACCACUCCAGACCACCUCCGACUACCCAGCAUGCUCAUCGAAACGACAGCUAUUCGCAUCCAAAGCACUCAACCUGUCAUCAAAACUACUCACCAAAUCAGCAAACUAUCUCAGCUCGAAAGACUUGGACUCACUCGCAAACCCACUCAACAGAGUCAACGGAAACCAUCGCAGACACUCCAAGCAGCGCUCGAGCGAAUUGUGGCAGGAAUGGGACAAGGAUACCUGCAACUGGAACAUGAUCGUCGGGGGAAACGCCAAAAGGGCCUCAAUCCAACCAGCCGCCUCCCAGCAGCGACCGCUCACUCAAAGUCCACCCGUCAACUCGUCUAAUCCGGGCUAUCUCUCCUACUUUCAUCCCCAGAACUGGCAGAGAAAGAACAAGGAAUCUCCCUACAACGAAGACCAUCUCGUCUGUUUCCCAGGUUUUGUUGCGCUGGGAUCCCCUUCACACUCUCGUGCGGGCGACAUCGAGCUAUUCAUAUCGAUACACGCCUUCAGGGCUAGGUCAACAUUAGACCAGAUGAAUCGAUCCCAACGACUUGUCCACUCGAUGAUCUGCAAGAUGACUGGCUUACCUCCGCUAGCCUCCACCUCUGGCUCGACUCUGAUCGAAUCCAGUGCUGAGAAUACUGCAGCCUUGAUGGAGCAGGAAUUAACCGGGUGCGAUGAAGAACAUGACGAGAAGAUGCGCAAGUUCGAGCCCCUUCUACCCUCAACCAUUCAAUCCAACCCAACCCAUCAAUCUCGACCAUCCCUGACAUCUGCCCGUGAAGCUGGAGCAUCCCUUCAACCUCUCGAUACCCAGCUUGCCUCUCAGCCCGCCCAGAUCAUCUGUACCGCACCCACACCCAUCAAGCCUAACAUGCCCACCCCGCUACCUCAUCCUGCCACCAACAAGGCACUCUCUCGCAACUCAUCCACCUCAUCCACAGACUCUUAUCGUCGCAUGCUCCAAAACGAACCCAGUCUUCUCAAGCACCCCCACGAACUCUUGGAUACCAGAAUGGGACACUUGAUGGAAAAAUUCAGCAUUGAAAAAGAGGAUCUACAUACCUUGCAUUUCAAUUUGAAGGAGCGACUCCACAGCUUCUUUUCGCAAAAGUCCGAGAGCACAAAGGUGCGGCUCAAGCUGUUCGGCAUCUGUAGCUCGACAGCUACCGCGGGUUCGAUCGCCAAAUCCCUCUUCCGAUCCCGAACCGAGGCGCCCACCCUCCUGACGCCCGAACUGGAUCGAGACGAAUUUAUCAUCAACAACGGGCGACCGUUAUUAACUCAAGUCAUAACCACCAAACCAGGCGGAGUCUGGUCAGAUAAGCUCGUGCUGCCCUGGCAGACGAUCGAGACGCAUCUGCGAGUCCAUCAGAUGCAGCAAAAGGCUAACUCUGCACACAACUCAUCCUCUCAAUCCCCCGAUACCGGAAUCACUAGGCUCAGAAUCGAGGCUGAAUUGAUCAGAGACGAGUCUAACGAUUCAUUCCCCAGAGGGCCUGAGCCGAUGGCUUCCGAUCCUUCGAAAAAAGACAUCCAGUUGCGCAAGUUAUCUGUUGGAAAGUCGUCGUUGGUCAUGGAACUCGAUGUGAUCCCUGCCCUGGCCGAAAGUGUCCAUGUGAUUUCAGACAUCGAUGAUACCAUCAAACAUACGAAUGUCUUAGGGGGCCUCAAAGCCGUCUUCAAAAACGUCUUCUUGGCUGGCUUCGAUCAGGUUUCGAUUCCUGGGAUGGCAGAGUGGUACCAAUCCCUCCAAGAGUUGGGUUGUUGGAUGCACUACAUCAGUAAUUCACCCAUGGAGUUAUGGUACUGUAUCGAAGGCUUCUUGGCUGCUAAUGGAUUCCCUCGCGGAUCUAUCAGCUUGAAGGAAUAUGCUCGUGGUGCCACUUCGAUUCUUUCAGGCAUGUGGGAAUCCGCCGGGGCUCGUAAACGUGCUCGAGUCGAAUCGAUCAUCAAUCGAUUUCCCAAUUCCAAGUUUAUCUGUGUGGGCGAUAGUGGGGAACAAGACCUGGAGAUGUACGUGAGCUUAGCCCAAGCUUACCCCGGCAGAAUCAUGUCGAUAUAUAUCCGUGAUGUGACGACACCAGUGAUAUUAGGCAAGGACAUAUCAAUAGAUCAGCUUUCAACUGCUGACCGGCCAUUAUCUGAUUGGGAGGAUCUCAUGAUGAGACCGCCUACUCAGAUUAAAGCAAAUAUCCUGUCGCCCUCGCGAUCGAGCAGUCCGUCUAGACAGUCGUUUGCCAUGCCUGUCAACCUUCCCGAGAACAAUCCCCUCCGGAGCAAGUCUGUCGAUGUUUUAUCCAACUCCAACAAUAUCGUUGCAGGACCUUCGAAGAAACGGAACAGUCAUAGACCCAUUGCGCCGCCCAAGCCUCUCCACCUAAGCAGUAAACCGGCCGGUUCGCGGGCAGUAGCCGAUAUUAGCAAGAGGAUGUCUCACGUCGAACAAUCCUUAAAUCAGACCCAUGCACAUCUGUGUGAUCCAUCCAUCAAAAGCUCCAGAUCGGCAUCAAUUGACAUCACACCAUCAUCAUCACGAGAAAGCCACAUCGGCUUCGACAAAGAGUAUGCCUCCUCGAUGGCACCCAUCUGUACUACUAAAUCGAGUUAUCAACCCACGCCUUCGUCGGCGGAUGAUAUCAAGACCCAAUCGCUCCUCGACGGGUUCAGAAACCGCAUCAAGAAGCCUUCCUACGACCGGUCGGGCGACCAAGACCGCCAAAAAUUCCAAGUCUCUUUCCCUAAUACCAAGUUGAAGCUCUUCCGCAGCGGAUUCGAUGAGUGUGUGGCCGAGUCGAUCCGUGAUGUUAAGAAAGUUCUGAACAAGUAA